AUGUCUGCUGCUGAAGAGAAAAAAACAAAGAGGGAGGAAUUCCUUGCCGAAAUUAAAAAAGUUGCAGAAAAAGCCAGUAAGAUGACACCAGAGGAGCUGAAGUUCAAUUAUAAGGGAAUUCUGUACCCUAGUGUUCUUUGCAGUGAAGCAACUUUUCAAGCAAUGGAGAAAUUGGAAGCUAGACAAGAUGACGUGCUAAUUGUAACCUAUCCAAAAUGUGGAACAAACUGGACAAUACAGAUACUACAUGAAAUGCUAUUUGAAAUGCACAACAAAGAGCCAACUUUGGUUCAAGCUAUGUUGGAGUUUGGAAAUCCAGAGAAAUUUGAGUACAUGAAUCAGCAACCAUCGCCAAGAGUCAUCUCAUCACAUCUUACAUGCAAAAACAUUCCUAAAACGUUUUUCGAAAAGAAGACCAAGAUGUUACUCAUCCUUCGAAAUCCAAAAGACACAGCUGUGUCUUACUACCAUUUCUCAAACAAGAAUCCAGUGCUUCCAAAAUAUGAAUCUUGGGACUUAUUCUUCAAGGAGUAUUAUAACUGGAAAUGUAACCUAUGGAUCGUACUUUGAUUAUACUCUUCAGUGGGAGAAACAUAUUGAUGAUGGAAAUAUCCUUGUGCUUACAUUUGAAGACAUGAAAGCGGACCUCACUGGAGCACUGAAGAAAAUAAAGGACUUUUGUGGCUUAACUCUGACAGAUGAUCAGAUCAAGUUGGUACAGGAAAAAAAAAAAAACUACUUUUUCAUCUAUGAAGGAGAAAUCCAGUGACACACAUGGAAAAAUGGGGAAUGUUUUUUUCCGAAAAGGAGAAGUAGGGGACUGGAAGAGUCUUUUUACUGAAGAACAGAGCAAAGAAGUGGAUGCACAGUUUGAAAAGUAUCUUGCUGGAACAAAACUAGGAGAUAUGAUAAACUAUAAAAAAUACUGUACAUUUUAA